GUAGUAGUUCUCUUCGCAGUGGGGUCGUAUUCCGUCAACGAGUACUCAGGAUUCAGUGUCAUUGGAUAUCACAGCAAUGCACGCAAUUCUGGCAACCAUAAUAUGCCUGUCUUACCUACCGUGGACUGAAGCAGCAACGAACAUAUUUGAGGUUCACGAAUUCUUGUUCAUGAACAAGUCUAUACUGUACUUGUGGAAACGACGCGUGGCUCCGAAAGGUGACAGGUUCUGCCUAUGCUACGGUUCUUCAAAAACCAUGAUGCGGCAGAUCGGCGCCUUCAUGUGUCUCAAGGUGCACAAAGGAGCAUUGUGUCGGUUCGAAGCCCGUGACCGGCCGGUGGAACGACCUUUGCAAGGAUGCCUGUCGGAGCUGCAACUGCCUGAGGCACCUCCGCACCAAUAUAAUACUACAAGUAAGAGCGUGUCAACGCGGGCACAUUCGAAUAAAGUCCAAUGCAAGGCCAUCGAUAACGUAACGACGGACGUACUUGGAGACUUUCCAGGAAACAGCAACCUCACCUUCUGCAGCGCCGUUCCUUGUAAGAAGUGUCUUGGUGGCUUCAACAAUUCAACCUACUGCACGACGCUUUGGACCAGGGAUCCAUUCCUUCGCUUCGAAGCCGUAGCCGUGUCCGACUUCAUGAUUCGUUUGAACUGGAGUGCCCAUUAUUCCGCCAAAGAGAGCUUCCUUAUAAGGACCUGCGUCUCUGAAGGCAGCUGUUACACCAACUGCUUCAGAGAAAGCAUUCGAGCCAAGAAGGGCAUCUACACUCUUCCCACUGAUUUGUGGCGUUUUAAAGUUACCGUCGAUGUGUACCGAAUGGAUGGUACCACACUGUACCAGAAGCACUUCCGCAGCAAACGACUCGCCCCAGACAAACCGUGCUUCUCAACUGGCAUCGUUAAAAGCUGGACGGAAGUCCGUCUCUACUGGUGGCCGCACGACGAGUCGUCCGACGGACAUAUCGUAUCCUGGUGCGACGACAAGCCCGAGGAGGCGUGGCCCAUGGGUCUCCUGCUGAACUCAACUCGUGGCACGUGCACGGUUGACGCCGUGGGUUCAUCCGUGACCAUAACUCAGUUGUCGCCCUUCAGCAGACACGUAUUCAGCGUCACGGCUUAUAGGUGGAUGGAUGUGGACCACAUGGAACGCGUCUUCAGCAGACCGCAUCGCACGCACGCUGUGGUCAUGAUCAAUCCCACGUUCAUCCCUGUGUUCGUGUUGCUGGCAAUCCCUGCAGUGUCCGUCAUAAUCUCCGUCGUCCUUGUAGUGACGAAAGUUCCUUUCAAAAGGGAUUCUGCAAGAGUUCGCGUUGUAGAUCCCCCUGUGGUGCCAAGACGAAUCAUCUACCCUCGACCACCUCAGCUGCCACCUGUCGUCCUUAGAAGAAAUUCCCGAGGGGACUUCUGAGUAUCGCUCAUAUUAAACUCUAUCACGAGAUUCGCAUA